GCUUUUCCUCGUCUGGCGAUAGCAGCCUCUAGCUGCUACCUGCUGCAGCAAUGGAUCUGCUGGGGAGCGCAACAAUCUUCUUGGUCAUCUGCCUGGUCUUCCUCUUGGUUUGGGGGAUGAGACCUAAGGCAAAAAACUUGCCUCCUGGGCCAACACCGCUUCCAUUUGUCGGGAACCUCCUGCAGCUGAAGGUGCAGAACCUAGUUGGAAAUUUCCGAGAGGUAAGGAUUGGGGCUUCAGCUAAGCUGUGUCCCAGGCUCCCUGACCCACUGGGACUUUGGGCAGGCCUUGUCUCCUGGCUAUCUGUUUAAGUCACCUGCAUGCCUAGCAAAAAUGUAAAAAAACCGGGUCAAACAUAUGUUGGAAAUGUAAAGAAACAGAAGGGACUUUUUAUCAUAUGUGGUGGGAAUGUAGAGAAGUUUUAAAAAAUCGGGAAAUGAUAUACAAUGAAUUGGAAAAAAAGUUUAAAAUGACAUUUGUAAAAAAAAACAACCAGAAGCAUUUCUGUUAGGGAUUGUAGGACAAGACCUGCCAAGAAAAACCAAGAACUUACCGUAUUUUUCGCUCUAUAAGACGCACCAGACCACAAGACGCACCUAGUUUUUGGAGGAGGAAAACAAGAAAAAAUUAUUCUGAAUCUCAGAAGCCAGAACAGCAAAAGGGAUCGCUACGCAGUGAAAGCAGCAAUCCCUCUUGCUGUUCUGGCUUCUGGGAUAGCUGUGCACCCUGCAUUCGCUCCAUAAGACGCACACACAUUUCCCCUUACUUUUUAGGAGGGAAAAAGUGAGUCUUAUAGAGCAAAAAAUACGGUAUUUAUGUAUGCUACAGCAGCGGCAAGAGUCUUGAUAGCACAAGGAUGGAAGAAUGAGGAAAUCCCGACGAAAGAACAGUGGCAAGAAAAAUUGAUGAGCUACGCAGAACUCGCGAAAUUGACAUACAAACUGUGAGAUAAGGACAACUGUGACUUCAAAGAAGAAUGGGAGCUUUUUACAAAUUAUCUAAAAAGACAACAAAAUGAAUUGGACUCCUUGGCAGGUUUUGAAUAAACAUACACAAAUUUAUUGGUUGAUAACGUGGUAGAUAGAUAAUGUAAGGACAUGUAUAAUUUUAUAACGGGCAGAGAAUAAUAUGUGCUGAGAAAUCAGAGAGAGGAGCUGAGGGAAGUCUCGGGGGGGGGGGUGGAAGGGGGAAGGGGGAAAAUAAUGAAUAUGAUCUGUUUUGAUAAUCUGUUAUGUUGAAAUUGCUAAUAAAAAGCAUUUUUAAAAAAGUCACCUGCAUGCCAGUUCCCCCAGGCCCAGCCUUCUCUGAGUGCUUUACAGCCACGUAGCUCAGAGCACUGCGAAAUAACACUUUGGAAACCUCCUCAGAUGACGGAACAAGACUGCAAACAGCUGCAGGCAAGGAUUCAGAAGGAGACAUCUGGCAGCAGCUGGGGAGGCAGGCUGGGCCAGGGGGUGCCGUUUGGAGGACGAGAGGAAAUGGUUGCAUUUUUUUAAAAAAAAUAUUUACCGUAUUUUUCGCUCUAUAGGACGCACUUUUUUCCCUUCAAAAAUGAAGGGAAAAUGUGUGUGCGUCCUAUGGAGCGAAGACGCCAUAGCCCCGCAACCCUCUCCCGGCUGGAGAGGUGACGCACGGCUAUGGCAGGAGCCUCUCCGCUGCGCCUUUCCGCUGCUCCCUGAACUGCUCUUUGGGGCUGGUGGUGGGCUUCCCCGCCAGCCCCAAAGAGCAGGUCAAGGAACCUGAAGCCUGGAGAGCGAGAGGGGUCAGUCCACACCGACCCCUCUCGCUCGCGAGGCUUCCAAGGUAGCCGCCUGAACGCACCCUAAACGGCACCUUGUUUUAGAGCGGGAAAACAAGAGGGGGAAAGUUCUCCCCCUCUCUGAGCAGCGUCUCCUGCCGCUUCGCUGAAGGGGCGCUGGGCAGAGAGGGGGAGAAUUUUUUUUUCUUGUUCUCCCCCCUCUAAAACAAAGUGCGUCAUGGUGCGAAAAAUACGGUAUUUAACAUACAGUAAUUGUUACAAAGGGGGACGCGGGUGGCGCUGUGGGUUAAACCACAGAGCCUACGACUUGCCAAUCUGAAGGUUGGCGGUUCAAAUCCCCGUGAUGGGGUGAGCUCCCGUUGCUCGGUCCCAGCUCCUGCCAACCUAGCAGUUCAAAAGCACAUCAAAGUGCAAGUAGAUAAAUAGGUACCGCUCCAGCGGGAAGGUAAACGGCAUUUCCAUGCGCUGCUCUGGUUCGCCAGAAGUGGCUUAGUCAUGCUGGCCACAUGACCCGGAAGCUGUACGCCGGCUCCCUUGGGCAAUAAAGCGAGAUGAGUGCCACAACCCCAGAGUCAGCCACGACUGGACCUAAUGGUCAGGGGUCCCUUUACCUUUACCUUUAAUUGUUACAAAAUAUAAGCAAAAUAUUGCAAAUACAUACAUACAUACAUACAUACAUAUUUCCAAUAAGCACAUGUAUGAAAAAAGGAACAAAAGAGGAAAAAAAGAAGAAAAGAAGAAAGAAGAAAAAAUAAUGAGAAGAAAAGUUGGAAGAAUUUCUUCCAAGUUUAUUCUACAAAUAUCUCAAUAUGAAAACAAUAAUAAAAUUUCAUUGAUUGGCUUCCAUCGCUUACACUGCACUUCCUAUAUACAUUUUAAGCAAGAUUGUAUCUGUCGUUCCGUAUUUCCCCCAUACAAUCCGACACAAAUAUUCUAAUCAAUGUUUUCUAAAUCUUUCAUAAAUCUGUUCUAAACGCAACCAAUACUUUACGUUUAAUCCUUGUCUACAUGGUUGCGGGUUUUUUGAAUGGAAGAGAGCCCAGGUUGCCUCAGCCAGGUGCCUUGGGACUACAACUCCCAACUGCAAUGGCCGGGGCUGGUGGGAGUUGUAGUUCGAAAACCAGGUUUGGGGGAAGGAGCAAGCUGGAAAACAAAGAGGCUCUUUGUGGGGAUAAACAUGUUUUCAUAACCAAAAGUCUCAUGAUCUGCCCUGUUCUUGACCCGCCUUUUUCUCUCUUUCCACACUCUGUGAUUUUUUUGCAUGGAGCUUAUGCAACAGCAGAUGUUUAUCAAGCAUCUGUUCCAAUGUGAGGCGAACAGAUGGCGCCGGGCCAAUCAGUCGUUCCAUAUUCUCAGAGCAUUCCCUCAUCCCUUCUCUGAAUCAAAAAAAAAAGUCAAGUUUCAUUUUCAGGGCUCCGUCCUCUCCCCCAUGCUUUUCAACAUCUACAUGCAGCCGCUGGGAGAGAUCAUCAGGGGGUUUGGGCUGGGUGUUCAUCAGUAUGCGGAUGAUACCCAGCUCUACCUCUCUUUCAAAUCAGAACCAGUGAAGGUGGUGAAGGUCCUGUGUGAGUGCCUGGAGGCGGUUGGAGGAUGGAUGGCGGCUAACAGAUUGAGGUUGAAUCCUGACAAGACAGAAGUACUGUUUUUGGGGGACAGGGGGCGGGCGGGUGUGGGGGACUCCCUGGUCCUGAAUGGGGUAACUGUGCCCCUGAAGGGUGCGCAGCCUGGGAGUCAUUUUGGACUCACAGCUGUCCAUGGAGGCACAGGUCAAGUCUGUGCCCAGAGCAGCUGUCUACCAGCUCCAUCUGGUACGCAGGAUGAGACCCUCCCUGCCCACAGACUGUCUCGCCAGAAUGGUGCAUGCUCUAGUUAUCUCUCGCUUGGACUACUGCAAUGGCUCUGCGUGGGGCUACCUUUGAAGGUGACCCGGAAACUACAACUAAUCCAGAAUGCGGCAGCUAGACUGGUGACUGGGAGUGGCUGCCGAGACCAUAUAAGACCAGUCUUGAAAGACCUACACUGGCUCCCAGUACGUUUCCAAGCACAAUUCAAAGUGUUGGUGCUGACCUUGAAAGCCCUAAAUGGCCUCGGCCCAGUAGACCUGAAGCAGCGUCUCCACCCCCAUCAUUCUGCCCAGACACUGAGGUCCAGCACCGAGGGCCUUCUGGCGAUUCCCUCCCUGCGAGAAGUGAAAUUACAGGGAACCAGGCAGAGGGCCUUCUCGGUGGUGGCGCCCGCCCUGUGGAACGCCCUCCCACCAGAUGUCAAAGAGAAAAAUAACUACCAAACUUUUAGAAGACAUCUGAAGGCAGCCCUGUUUAGGGAAGCUUUUAAUGUUUAAUAGGUUAUUGUAUUUUAGUGUUUUGUUGGAAGCCGCCCAGGGUGGCUGGGGAAACCCAACCAGAUGGGCGGGGUACAAAUAAUAAAUUAUUAUUAUUAUUAUUAUUAUUAUUAUUAUUAUUAUUACACCCAAAAAUCUAACCCAUGGCCACCAUUUCUGCUAGUCUUCUGCAAUCACCAGCACCCUGAUGCCUGCUCCCUCUCUUCCCUGCUUUGUCUUUGCAGAUGAGCAAAAAAUACGGGCCGAUCUUCACCGUGUAUUUCGGCUCAGACCAGGCUGUGGUUCUCUUUGGUUAUGACUUGGUGAAGAAGGUCCUUGUUGAUCGUGGAGAUGAGUUUCUUGACCGAGGCAGCUUCCCGUCAGCAGAUAAGACCAACAGAGGACUAGGUAUUGCAUCUCUUACAUGAGGGGGGCUCUGGUCCAUGGGGUCAUGAAGAGUCGGAAACGACUAAAGACAGAGAAGAUUAGCAUGGCUCCCACCCCCAACGCAACUCUCAACAGUCCCAGCAAGCUGGGCUGGGUGAUGCGCGGGCUGAUGUGACCAUAGCUGGGCUGGUGGGGAGAGCAGCCCGACACAUCUUGCAAGCACCGGGUGGACCAAGGCUGACCUGACUCAUGGGUCCUGUUCCAAGCAUGGUGCUUCAUGUGCUGGUAGCAUCAGGGGCUCCAGUCCCUGCCCUCUCUUGCUUGCACACCCGAUUGCAUCGGCGGAACGCAACAACUUGGGGCAACCGCCUCAAAAAAAGCUCAAAAGUUUGAGACGAUUUCCUAAUGUCAGGCCUCAGGGAAUCAGCUUCCGACCCCCUGUGGCAGUAAGAUAAGCAGAACAAAGGAAAAGGGUCUUCUUACCAGUUAAAUAAUCACAGCGAGAGAAGAACCUAUCUCCUAGAAAUGGCGGUGCUCCCAAUUAAGGUUUCCACCCCCUGCUGUCCCUAUUAAUCUAUGUCACUUCUACGUCUCGUCAUCUGACCUUGUACCCUCUGUGCUUUCUGUUCUGCCACUUUCUGAGCUCUUCUCAACUUUGGUGAGGGCGGUGGAGUAAGGCUUUCUAGAGUGUGGAUCUGUUAACCCUCUCUCUUCCAGUGUGUCUCUCUCUCUUUUUUAAAAUAAUUUUUAUUGAGUUUUCCACUUAAAUCAUAUUCACAUUUUGUUACAUAAUUCUAUGACUUAAUAUAUUACGCUGUAAGAGCAUCAACCUCCUUCCCUCCCUCUCUCUGACUUCCACAUAACUUUCCAUAUUCUUCGCAUUUCUAUAAAAACUUAUUUACCCUUUGUCAAAUUAUAAUAUUUCACCUUAUUAUCGUUAAAUCAGUUCCUUUUAUUUACAUUACAAAACAUUUCAAUUCAAGCCCACAAACGUUUUCAAACAUUUACAAUUUUCUUUCCUAUCAAAUAUAAAUUUGUUCCAGUCCUUUUGAAACAGUUUGUCACGCUGAUUCUGGAUCUUCCCCGUCAACUUGGCCAUCUCUACGUACUCCAUCAUCUUGACCAGUGUUGGAAGUUCCUGCUGCUUCCAUUUCUGAGCCAGAAGUGCCAGUGUCUCUUCUCCUAGCUGUUCCCAAUCCAGUAUUUCCCAGCUUCUGCCUUCUGAACUAUGCCCCUCUGCAAACCGCUGUUCCAAAUCUAUACUGUCCUCCUGCUCCUGGGAAAAUUAACAAUCCGGGGUAGUAGCAGGGGGAGGGGGAGACUCCCACCAUUCCUCCUCAGUGCAGGCCCCCCUCAGCACGGUCCCUGACGCCCAUUCUCAACAACUUCUGCUGCCCCAGGCGUCAGCAAGGGUUCUGCGGCUUGACUUUUGAAAAAUAAGGGGUCCUCAGUAAUAAGCGAAUUGGGAACCACUGGCAUAGACUGUUGGAACUUGCGUUCGACCGAGUCCUCGAGUCCUCCGACGGUGAUUAACGACCUGAGCCUUUGAUGAGGCUCCAGGUACAUUCCCUCAUUACGCAGAGUGCCCAAGCAGCAGAAGAGGACGAGAAAUAUGAGCUACAUUGCUAAGAGUUUUACUUCUAACUACGCAGACAGAAAAGAAAUAUACAUCCUCUCUCUGUGAAGGCAGAGAGGCAACUGGUACAAAGAAACAGGAAACCAGUAAUAACAACAUCCGUCUCCCGUCUCCUGUGAGACUUCCAGCAGUCUGGAAUCUCUGGAAUGUAAACAGAGUCUUGUGACUCCAAGCACUGCACAGUGGCACAAACAGAAACCUAACAUAGACUACAGGGUGGCUCUAGACACAGGACAAAAACUCUAUGAAUAAGUCAUAAAUUAGAUUGUUAUAGCAAAAGAAAGAAAUCCCUAUGGGAAACAGUGUUUUAAAAUUCCCUGCUCUCUGGCGCCAUCUGGUGUCGUGUGUUUAUAGUGCAUUUGAUUCGCUUUUUCUUUACUAAUGUGGCCAAGUCCUAUGUUUCUUCUGCAGGGAUCAUCAUGUCCAAUGGCGAGCGCUGGCUCCAGCUCCGCCGCUUCUCCCUCACCACCAUGAGGAACUUUGGGAUGGGGAAGAAGAACAUUGAGGAGAGGAUCCAGGAAGAGGCAGAGUACCUGAUGAAGGAGCUCAGGGCCAAAAACGGUGAGUACGUGUAGGAUGUGAAACACAAGAGCAGUCAAGUACAACAUUCCGAGAGUGAACAUGUUUGCACAUGGGGAGGGAUGUUGGUCCAGCCAGCAGGUAAACUUCCUGUUUCCUUCUGGGCUGGGACAGACUUCCUCUGCAUGUGACUAGAGGUGGGUGUGGCCUCACCUGUGCAGGUAAGGACAAAAGCACAGGGCAGGGCAGCCAUCUCUCUCUCUUUGACUACAUGCAUCGAAGAAGCAACAUCUGCUUAGACAAAUAUACUCUCUUGGCCUCCAGCCAAGGGAGGACAAAGGGACUGUCUCUUUAUGAGAUAGUUUCCAGGUGUAUGUUACUUUUCUAAGCUAAGUCUGCCUUCUGGGAUCCAACUGUGAACAGAAUGAUGUGUGAGUAAACCUUUUUAUACUUUUAUAGAAGACUGUGUUGUGUCUUAUCCUUUAUGAGGGAAUCAGGGGAAAAUACCAAAACAGUUAUUAUAGAGGCUUUAGCGAGCCUGAGCAAAUGCAGCCGCUGCAAAUUUAAAAGAAGGGAAUGUUACUCUGCUGAAAUUGUGGAACACAUGAUGGAUAAGGAUAUAAUCAGACAAUAUAUCCUCUCCUGCAUCCCUGAACAUUCCCACAACAUGCAAAUAGGUUGCCCUUUGAAAUCUCCGGGGGAUGCAUUUUUUAAUAUAUAAAAAUCUAGACUAAGUAAUACUGUGUUGAGGGGGGGAAACUUUGCUUCUUCUUCUUGUUUCUUGUAGUAAAGAUCACCUGCCCAUUCACUGUUACAAUUACAGGUAACUCACUCAUUAGGAACCAGAGAAGCCAAAACUUCAAUAAAGAAUGGGAUAACUCUAGAUUACAUUUGAAAGAACAUUGUUCCCAUAUGAAAACUUUAACGUGCUUUGAAUAAUUAUGGCCAUAUAAUAUGUUAUAAAGAACAUAGACAAUAUAUCUUAAGUUAAUUGCUAUAAUAUAAUGCUGUUAUUGAGGAAACGCUGAGAGAGUCUUAAAGUGUGGAAGAACACUGUUUUCUUUAUAUGUAACAUUUAUUUUUGGGUAACAUUUUUCUUUUUAUGCAACAUAUUGUUGUUAACUGAUGGGUGGUGGGUUUUCUUUUUACAUUGGUGAUGCAAUAUUUAAAAGCAAUAAAAAUAUAUUAAUUUAAAAAAAGAGAGAAUAGCUGCCUAGAUGCCAGAUGUGUCAGUGUUCAGAGCUGUAGAAUUUGACAAUUGUUUAUUUGACAAUAAAGAGUGAAACCUCUGCCGUGUGCAUUUUUUCAACAAUGUCUAGGCAACACGAUGACCAUAUACAUACGUAAUAGACAACUUUAUAGAAUUCUUUCAAAUCAUAAAAAGUUCAAAAUGAAAUCUUUAGUCUCAAAGUCUCUGAAAAUCUUUAAAUGAAGCCAGGUACCAAACUUUAUACAGUGGAAGAGAAGCUGUGAAGCUUUGUGUAUCCAACAAUGAUGUCCAACACUGAACAGUAAUUCUGGAGAUUGACUACUGUUUGGUAGAAUUCUUCAUCAGUGUGGUGGGUGGAUAUAAAAUGCUUCAUAAAAGAUAAAGGGACCCCUGACCAUUAGGUCCAAUCGCGGGCGACUCUGGGGUUGCGGUGCUCAUCUCGCUUUACGGGCCGAGGGAGCCGGCGUACAGCUUCCGGGUCAUGUGGCCAGCAGGACUAAGCCGCUUCUGGUGAACCAGAGCAGCGCACGGAAACGCCGUUUACCUUCCCGCCGGAGCAGUACCUAUUUAUCUACUUGCAAUUUGACGUGCUUUCUAACUGCUAGGUUGGCAGGAGCAGGGACCGAGCAACGGGAGCUCACCCCGUUGCGGGGAUUCGAACUGCCAACCUUCUGAUCGGCAAGUCCUAGGCUCUGUGGUUUAACCCACAGCGCCACCCGUGUCCCUUCAUAAUGCUUCAUAAACCCAUCUUAUUUCGAAUGAAUGUAUAUAAAUGAAAAUAUCAAAUUCUGUGGAACAGUGCUCAUGUAAUAAUGUAGUCACUGCGUUUUUUCGGCUGGGGCAUUUCUUGACACCAUCCCUCCCAACUCCACUUCCUUUGCCAGGCCAGCCCUUCAACCCAGCCGUCCUGUUCAGCUGCGCAACGGGCAACGUGAUCAGCCACAUCCUCCUCGGUGAACGGUUUGACUACAAUGACCCGGAGUACCGCCGGAUUCUCCGCUUGCUGGUCGAAAGCUUCCGGUUGGAGAGUUCCACUGCAGGGCAGGUAAGGAGGACGCUGGGUAGCAGAGGAAGGAGCGUCUCCACCCCCAUCGUUCUGCCCGGACACUGAGGUCCAGCUCCGAGGGCCUUCUGGUGGUUCCCUCCCUGCGAGAAGUGAGGUUACAGGGAACCAGGCAGAGGGCCUUCUCGGUGGUGGCACCCGCCCUGUGGAGCACCCUCCCAUCAGAUGUCAAGGAAAUAAACAACUCUCUGACUUUUAGAAGACAUCAGAAGGCAGCCCUGUUUAGGAAAGUUUUUAAUAUUUGAUGCUUUAUUCUGUUUUUAAUUUGUUGGGAGCUGCCCAGAGUGGCUGGGGAAACUUACCUUGAUCUAAGAACAGAAGCCAAACGGUGGAAGGGCACCGGCAGCAGAAGGCCCGUUAGGGAAAGCGCUCCUCAGUUUAAGAACGUUGAGAAUAAUAAUAAUAAUAAUAAUAAUAAUAAUUUUUAUUUAUACCCCGCCCUCCCCGGCCAGUGCCAGGCUCAGGGCGGCUAACACCAGUAAAAUUACAGUAAAAACAUAAUAGGGGGGGGAAACCCGAUUUAAAAUACAGAUUAAAUUGCAAGACAUCUGAAUGCAGCCCUGUUUGAUGAAGUUUUUAAUGUUGGAUGUUUUGUUGUGUUUUUAAUAUUCUGUUGGGAACCGCUCAGAGCGGCUGGGGAAACCCAGCCAGAUGGGUGGGGUAUAAAUUUCUUCUUCUUAUUAUUAUUAUUGAGGCAAAUAGGAAGCGAGCCAACUGCUGGCACCACCCCAGCCGCUGCUGUUCCUCUGCACCGCCAAAGCCUUGCUUACUGGAACUGCGAGGGAUCCACAAGAUCUCUCCAGAACCCGGAAGCUGCAGCCACUGCUCCUCGCUAUUCCGGUGGCGCUGAGUAGUGCGUGUGGAGUGAGAAGUGGUGGCGGCGGCCGCAGCAGCAAGAUCUUGAACGAGCUCUGUGAGUUUUCGUGAGGUCUCUCUCCCCGGAUGUUGCUGCCGCUGUUUCUCCUUGCUUCCGUGCGGGAUUCUUGCACCAGAGGCAGCUGCCUCAAUCUGCCUCCUGGGCAGGCAAACCCUGCUGGAAAACAGGACUUGAAAUCAAGCUCUUUUUUUAAAAAAAGAAUUAUUUAAUCAUUUUUUCAAUCACAGCUGUCAACCUCCCUUAUUUGGCGGGAAACUCCCUUAUCCCAGCGCCGUGUCCCGCUGCUGUCCCUUAUUGAUGAUGUCCCUUAAAUUUCCCGGGUUUCAAAGGAAGCAGCUCCUCUCCCUCCCUCCCAGCCGGCCAGGGAGGAGGGAGGCUCCAACUGUGUUGCUUGGCUGCGUUGCUCAACCAAUAAGGAGCCUAAGAACGACUGGGGGGUGGAGCUUGCAUGCCUUGUGCCAAUCAAAUUGGCUGCGUUGCCUGGGGACUCGCCUUUGCUCAGCGCUUCCCAGCGGAGAGGUGACGGUGGUUUUCCUUGCUGCAUCCCCUUUGCCGGGUUGCUGCGCUGUGGGAGCCACCGCUUGAGGCUUCGUUUGGCUGCUGGCCGGACUUUCUGCCUUUGGCUCGGAGGGGCUCAGAAGUUGAGCAUACCUGUGUUUGGAAAAUCCCUUAUUUUGGCUGCUGAUCCCUUAUUUUCGAGGCUGCUGGUCCCUUAUUUUCAAAUCUGUAAAUUGACAGCUAUGUUUUCAAUACAAACAACAACCGCAAAAGACACGUACAACAAAAACCAUAACAACACAAUUUGACAUUUCAGAUUUGAAUACACUGCUACACCUGUGACUACUCCUUUUUAACAAUAUUUCCCCACCUCUCUCUCCUCCCCCCACUUCCCCCCACUAUCUGCCUUAUCGCUUAAAUGUUCCUUCCAGAUUUCUUCAUAUUUAUCAAUUCUUAAUUUGCGUUGACAUGCAAUUUGUUCGUAUGUAGCUAAUCUGUCCAUAUUAUCAACCCACGUGCUCAAUGGAAUCUUUUUGCGGCUCUUCCAAUUCAUCAAAACAAGGUUUUUUUUGCUUCUAAUAUAGCACAGUACAUCCAUUAUUUUUUUUUACUUGAGAUCAAGCUUGCUCGAUUCAGGAGCCAGCUGCAAAUGAUAGCAUAGACACUCUGCAGGGUCUGCUCUCGUCAGGUCUCCUCUCCCAAUUAACCUCCGUCUCCAGGACGGGGUCCUGGGUCUCACGUUUGGGCCCUGGAAUCUCAGGGUCUGGGAUGCUUCUGAGCUGUGUCACAUGUCAGUUUCUGACGGUGCGAUUUAUUUUAGUUCGCUGGAGAGAUUCAAACUCACCAAGGCUGAUUCACCGCUAUGUCUGUACGAGUGUUUUUUUCCCCCUCUCUCUUUCCUUUUCUCAGCUCUACAACAUCUUUCCCAGGAUCCUAGACUACUUGCCUGGUCCUCAUCAAACUUUCUUUAAAAACCUCGGGGACAUCCAGGUAUUCAUAGCCCAGAAGGUGAAAGAUCACGAGAGAAGUCUGGAUCCCAAUGCUCCCCGGGACUUCAUAGAUUCCUUCCUCCUCAAAAUGGAGCAGGUGAGAUAUGGAGGAGUGGAUUUAUAUGUCCCAAAUUAAAGCUAAAGGUAAAGGGACCCCUGACCGUUAGGUCCAGUCAUGACUGACUCUGGGGUUGCACACUCAUCUCACUCUAUAGGCCAAGAGAGCCGGCGUUUGUCCGCAGACAGCUUCCGGGUCAUGUGGCCAGCUUGACUAAGCCGCUUCUGGCAAAACCAGAGCAGUGCACGGAAACGCUGUUUACCUUCCCGCCAUUGUGGUACCUAUUUAUCUACUUGCACUUUGACGUGCUUUCAAACUGCUAGGUUGGCAGGAGCAGGGACCAAGCAAUGGGAGCUCACCCCGUUGCGGGGAUUCGAACCACCAACCUUCUGAUUGGCAAGCCCUAGGCUCUGUGGUUUAGACCACAGCACCACCCGCGUCCCUAUGUCUGAAAUUAAAGAUAAAGGGACUCCCGACCAUUAGGUCCAGUCGCGGGCAACUCUGGGGUUGCGGCGCUCAUCUCGCUUUAUUGGCCAAGGGAGCCGGCGUACAGCUUCCAGGUCAUGUGGCCAGCAUGACUAAGCCACUUCUGGCAAACCAGAGCAGGACACGGAAACGUUGCUUACCUUCCCGCUGGAGUGGUACCUAUUUAUCUACUUGCACUUUGAUGUGCUUUCGAACCGCUAGGUUGGCAGGAGCAGGGACCAAGCAACGGGAGCUCACCCUUUCGCAGAGAUUCGAACCGCUGACCUUCUGAUCGGCAAGCCCAACAGGCACAGUGGUUUAGACCACAGCGCCACCCGCGUCCCUAUGUCUGAAAUUAGGCACCUGCUGAAAAUAAUUUUGUUUAGAUAAGCCUACCCAGAUAUGUAGAAUGUUGAUAUGUGCUUUAAUCCGGUUUUGCUUCUCAUUGAUCUGAUUUUUUAAAAAAUGUUUUAAAUAGCUAAUUUAAUUGGCUUUCCUGAUAAUGUGAUUGUUUUGUUCUUUUUGUAAACUGUGCUGUGGGUUUUUGUUUUUUACAAAAGUGGUGUAUCGAUUUGUUUAAAAAACAGUAGGAUGCUGAUUAAGUCUUGGGGAAACAUCAUGUUGGGCCCCUGGUAUAGAGGAUAAUCUCGUCUGUGUUUUUCCCCCAUUUCCAGGAGCAGCAGAACCCCAAGACUGAAUUCACUAGAGAGAACUUGAACAUGGCAGCUUAUGACAUAUUCAUCGCUGGGACAGAAACAACAAGCACCACCCUCAGAUAUAUCCUCAUGAUCCUGCUUGAGCACCCAGCCGUGCAAGGUUGACUAACCACUGAACUAACUGUGCUUGCACUUCUCCUUGCAGCUUGGGUGAAUUAGAGCUGAACAAUCAUUUACAAUUUCUGUAGUUCAAAGGCUUUAUUCAGGCAGGAACUAUUUACAGGAUGAGUGGAGAUGAGUGAGAAAACUGCACUCGCAGAGCUCAGGCGAUGCUGGAUUUCGUGAGUAGUUUGGCCAUACUCUCCUGAGGGGAAACAUUCUAGGGUGACCUUGCUAGGUUUCAGAACCGGGUAGCAAGAACUGGCUUUCUUUUUCCCCUUGCAUCUGCUGUGAUGUGACCUGGACGUUCUGCCUUUUGUGUCCACUUCCAGAAAAGAUCCAAAAGGAAAUAGACCAAGUGAUGGGACAGGAGAGGCCGCCUGCCAUGAAGGAUCGCCUUGAGAUGCCUUACACAGAAGCCGUCCUCCACGAAGCCCAGCGAUUCUUGGAUCUCGUCCCCUUAGGGUUCACCCGUGUGGCGAAACACGACACCGAAAUCGAAGGCUAUUUCAUCCCCAAGGUACCUGGAACGGCAUCAGAGUCUGCUGACAGCUUCAGAGCAGUGGCAGGCAACAAACAGGCAGAGGCUGAUGGGCACAUGGGACCGGCCCUACCGUUGUACAGUAUAGAGAGAGGCAGCUGCUUCAAGUUGCUUAAUUUUGGGUGUCAGGAAAGGGGCAGUGAUCAUGAUAUUAUCAAGAAGCUGAGCCUGUGGAAUUGUCUGUCUCAGGUGGCAAAUAAUUCCGCCUGCCUUAGGUACUAUGGGUCUUGACUUGGGUUGGGGAGCACAAUUUAUUGUCUUGCCUCAGGGAGCAAAAUGUGUUGGCUCGCCAUUGCUGUGAUGUGUUAUUGCACCGGGUUUUCAGCUGACCUUGGAUAAACAACCAUUGCCCUAUUCUUGUUAUCAACAGUUCAAAUCAAUCCUCAUCUGCUCAACAUAUGAAGUGGCAGGCCAUGCGCUGUGUGCUGGUUGAUGUUCAUGAGCAUGUCUUGACAUGCGCAUGCGCUAGAGACAAGGUCAAUCCCCCCCACCCUAAUUAGAGCUUUUGCUUUUAGGACAAGGAUGGGGAAAUGUCUUACACCCAAUGGCCAUGUUGCCUCGUGGACAGACAUUUUUUGGGGGGGCGGGCACGUCAAGUGAAGGACAGGCCCAGAUAGAGAAGUGGGCCGAGCAAUGAAUGACUCUGAAUUUUGUCUAAAAAAGGUAAAGGAGCCCUGACAGUUAAGUCCAGUCACAAACGACUCUGGGGUUGUGGCGCUCAUCUUGCUUAACUGGCCGAGGGAGCCUGCGUUUGUCUGCAGACAGUUCUUCCCGGUCAUGCGGCCAGCAUGACUAAGCCACUUCUGGCAAAACCAGAGCAGUGCACGGAAACGCUGUUUACCUUCCUGCUAGUGUGGUACCUAUUUAUCUACUUGCACUUUGACGUGCUUUUGAACUGCUAAGCUGGCAGGAGCUGGGACUGAGCAACGGGAGCUCACCCCGUCGCGGGGAUUCGAACCACCGACCUUCCGAUCGGCAAUCCCUAGGCUCAGUGGUUGAGACCGCAGUGCCACCCGCACCCCUGAAUUUUGUCUAGUUAGCUGCGUUUCAAGCACGCGAAACUCAAGAGGGUUCCGUGCACUUGUCUCUCUCCAUCCAGAUAGUCAGGGGAUCUUGUCACAGCUUGAGGACACAUUCCAGGUGGGCAAAAGCACUCGGGACAGGUGUGGAGCAGGGCAGGAGAUAGUACCAAGGGCUAGAGAGAGACCCCUGAAUGGCCACAUUUGGUCCCUGCCCCAAUGUUUCCCAACCCUGUCUUAAUCCAGAAUGUGGCAGCUAGACUGGGGACUGGGAGCAGGACCACAUAACACCAGUCCUGAAAGACCUACAUUGGCUCCCAUACGUUUCCGAGCAUAAUUCAAAGUGUUGGUGCUGACCCUUAAAGCCCUAAAGGGCCUUGGUCCAGUAUACCUGAAGGAGUGUCUCCACCCCCAUCAUUCUGCCCAGACACUGAAGUCCAACGCUGAGGGCCUUCUGGCGGUUCCCUCAUUGCGAGAAGCCAAGUUACAGGGAACCAGGCAGAGGGCCUUCUCGGUGGUGGCGCCCGCCCUGUGGAACGCUCCCCCCCCACAAGAUGUCAAAGAGAAAAACAAUUACCAGAUGUUUAGCAGACAUCUGAAGGCAGCCCUGUUUAGGGAAGCUUUUAAUGUUUAAUAGACUAUUGUAUUUUAAUAUUUUGUUGGAAGCCACCCAGAGUGGCUGGGGAAACUCAGCCAGAUGGGUAGGGUAUAAAUAAUAAUAAAUUAUCAUCAUCAUCAUCAUCACCCCCUAUUUCAUCUGAUGCAUCUCCCCCUAUUUCAUAUAUUAUCGUUUUAUUCCCAUUGCUCACAUUUCAAAUCCUGCCCACAAUUUCAUUUGGUUAUGUUUCCCCCCCUCCAAAUAAUCCCAAAAAAGGCUUCCACUCACCCAUAAAUUGUCCAUGGUAUUGGUUUCUUAUGUUCGCCGUUAACUUUGCCAGUUCCGAAUAGUUCGUUAGAGAGAAGUUGCUUUCUGGACCACCUCUGCUCCCUGGAAGCUGCCUGAAUAUUAGCAUCCUGGAAGAGAACCACAACGAGCUCUUCCAAAAUAGGGCUUGAUGUAUUUUGCCUUCUUGGCUUUCCACAACAGGGUGCCUCCGUCUUCCCCAUCCUGAGUUCUGCACUGCACGACCCCAAGCAAUACGACAACCCCUUCCAGUUCGCCCCAGAACAUUUCCUGGAUGAAAAAGGGAAUUUCAAGAAGAACGGAGCCGACAUUCCCUUUUCCACAGGUGGGGAUCUCUACCUUUUCCUUUCCCACAAAAAGCAGUGGGUCAGAUUCGAUCGGGGCUGGGAGCAUAGCUGUCAAGCGUCCCUUAUUUGGCGGGACAGUCCCUUAUCCCAGCGCCAUGUCCCGCUGCUGUCCCUUAUUGAUGAUGUCCCUUAAAUAAGCUUCUGAAGGUAAUGGGGCCCUUUCUAUGUCCAGCUGUCCUUUGUCAACAACAAACUGCUGCUGUUUUUUUGUGUUGAUUAUAUGCUAUAUGGUAAAUUAUGGACCUAAUAGGUAUCUAAAGCCAUUUGCACGCAACAAAAUAUGUAUUUUAUCAAAGUAAUUGUUGAUCCCUUAUUUUGGCUGCUGAUCCCUUAUUUCUGAGGCUGCUGGUCCCUUAUUUUCAAAUCUGUAAGUUGACAGCUAUGGCUGGGAGACCAUUUGCUUCACAAAGGGUCACAACUUCUUGUGGGGUCACAUGUCAGCAGGGCCGGGGGGGGAGAGUCAAUUUUACCUCUCUAUCUUCUUUUUUAAAAAAUUAAUUUUUGCAUAUGUUUUCCAAACAAAGCUUCACAUCACAUCGCAUCAUCUUCAUUUGGGCUAUUAGCCCGAGACUUCCAUCAAUCCUGUCUAGUGAUUUUCAAUUUUGCUAUCUAAUCUUGCAUUUUAUUAUUAUAAUGAAUGCUUUUAAACUUCAUUUCCUGAUUAUUUCCUUCCUAAAUCAUUUUGCAAUCAUUUAUAUAGCCCCCCUUACAAAACUUCUUGUAAACCUACAAGCAAUGUUACAUUAAUGCAAUUGUCUUUCAAAUAAGUCAUAUAUUUCUUCCAGUCCUUAAGGAAGUCCUGGUCUUUCUGGUUCCGAAUUCUCCCAGUCAACUUUGCCAGUUCUGCAUACGCCAUCAUUUUUAUUUGCCAAUCCUCCUUCGUUGGUAAUUCUUCCUGUUUCCAUUGUUGGGCUAGUAAUACUCUCGCUGCUAUAGUUGCAUAUAAAAACAGAUUUUUGUCCUGUCCUAUUAAUUUCUGUACCUACAAUGCCAAGUAAAAAUGUUUCUGUUUUUUUCGCAAAUGUAUACUUCAGCAUUUUCUUCAUCUCAUUAUAUAUCAUUUCCCAGAAGCAUUUUUACUUUCUUACAAUACCCCACCAUGGAGGUAUUCCUCUUUCUGGUUUUUUAACACAAAUUAUUCUCUGCAUGUUAUAAAAAAAUGUAAAAAUCCCUAAAUUAUCCAUCUAUUAUAUUAACAAAUAAAUUUGUGUAUGUUUAUUCAAAACCUGCCAAGGAGUCCAGUUCGUUUUGUUGUUUCUUUAAGUACUUUGUAAAAGGUUCCCAUUCUUCUUUAAAGUCACAGUUGUCCUCGUCACGCACUUUGUACGUCAAUUUUGCCAGUUCCGUAUAGUCCAUCAGUUUCUCUUGCCACUGUUCUUUUGUCGGGGUUUCUUCAUUCUUCCAUCCUUGUGCUAUUAAGACUCUUGCCGCCGUUGUCACGUACAUAAAUAUGUUCUUCAUCUUCCUUCCUUUCCCUACAAUCCCUAACAAAAAUGUUUCUGGCUUUUUUUUGCAAAUGUUAAUUUAAACAUUUUCUUCAACUCGUUAUAUAUCAUUUCCCCAUAUUUUUUAAUUUCUCUGCAAUCCCACCACAUAUGGUAGAAAGUCCCUUCUUUUUCCUUACAUUUCCAACGUAUAUUUGAGCUGGUUUUAUACAAUAACUGGUGUUAUAUGCCUUCUAUACAUCAUUUUCCUGUAGUUUUCUUUCAGCAGAGAAUAUUCCUCCGUGAAUAUCCCUAAUCUUUUAAAAAAGCUGGCUAGAUUUGUGAAGUACCUGGAUUGCAGCUUCUCCUUUCUUCCUCCCGCAGGGAAGAGAAUCUGUCUGGGUGAAGGAUUGGCCCGGAUGCAACUCUUCCUGUAUCUCACCACUAUUCUGCAAAGUUUUCAUCUCAGACACCCUCCGGGAGUCACCAAAAUUGACCUCACCCCAGAGGUCAGUGGCUUUGGGAACAUCCCACACCAAGUCUCCAUCUGUUUUACUCCACGCUAAGCGGCACCCUCCACUCUGGUGGUCCUCUUUGCCUGCUCACAAGGGUUUCCGGCUUCCGUGAGGAUCAAUUAAUUGAUUGAUUGAUUGAUUGAUUGAUUGGUUGGUUGGUUGAUUGAUUAACCGUUUCUAUAGGAGUGAAAUUGGGUGAGAUGCUUCUUGGGUGCCAUUUUGGGGGAGACAAUCUCAUUUUUAUUAUUUAAAUUUGUUUUAUUAAGUUUGCUUGACAACAUUACAUUGUUAUACAGUGGUACCUCGGGUUACAGACGCUUCAGGUUACAGACUCCGCUAACCCAGAAAUAGUACCUCGGCUUAUGAACUUUGCUUCAGGAUGAGAACAGAAAUUGUGCGGCGGCGGCAGCGGGAGGCCCCAUUCGCUAAAGUGGUGCUUCAGGUUAAGAACAGUUUCAGGUUAAGAACGGACCUCCGGAACGAAUUAAGUUCUUAACCAGAGGUUCCACUGUAUAUGGUAUUAUGAAAAAAGAAAAAGAACACAAAUCAAAGACCGUUCUAUACAAUACAAUUCACCACACCAUACCUUUUUAUGUUGUAUUUACCUUUUCUGUUUUCCAAUUGUCUACAUGGCCGUUACUUUAUACUAAUUAUGUAACCUUAAAAUUUAUCACUACUUAUGAAACCUUUUGCUUUAGUUUUAUCUAGCAUAUAUACAGAAAUCAUUCAAACGCUGUCACAGACUCCACACCGCUAUUGUAUUUCAUUAAAUAUUUCUUAAUCACAUCCAAUUUUUGAAUAAAGUUUUGAUUUAUAUUGCCUCUCAGCCUAUUUGUCAUUUGAGCCGUCUCGGCAAAUUCUACCAAUUUAUUCUGCCAUUCUGUUUUAGUAGGAACCCUCUCCCCCUUCCAGUUCUGUGCAACCAAGAUUCUUGCGGCCGCAGUUGCGUACAAAAAAUAUUCUUUUGCAUUUUUUGGUAACUCUCUACCUACGAUUCCAAGUAGGAAGGCCUCAGGUUUUUUGGAGAAAGUUAUCCUUAUAUUUUUUUUCAGUUCAUUGUAUAUAACAUUCCAGAACUCUUUGAUAUUGGGGCAUGACCACCACAUAUGAAUCAGGUUUCCUUCACAGAACACACACCGCCAGCAUUUGUUCGAGAUAUUUUUAUACAUCUUAGAUAGCUUUGAUGGCGUCAAAUACAAAAAAAUGACAAUCUCAUUUUGAUUGCGUGCAAAAGAAGCCAGAUGAUUUGCUUCCUUUGACUCACACUUGUGUGCAUGAAAGGGUUAACCUGAGCUCUGAAGUCAAGUUGCCACUAUGGGUAGAGCAGGCUCCCAGAAGCCUUUGCUUCCCCACCCUCCCGCUUUCUCUCUCUCUGCAGCUUUCCUCAAAGAAGGAGCCGUGCAACUUGGCUCCCAGCUCAGCAAAUGAAUAAUCUCUCUGAAAGGAGAUUUCUACAGCCUGUAUCUUUGCUAAUGGAAAGACUGCGUGAUUCUUUUGUAAGAUAACCAAGUUCUUUCUUUUUAGGUCAGUUGGAAACUUUUCUCCUUUAUUUUACUGGCAGCAGAUGGAGUCUUGUUUAUUGUAAUUUUCAGAAACUCUGUGAGUAAAGAUCUAAGCUAAGUGUCUGUGAUUUAUUCUAACCUAAGUCUUUUCAUGGGGAACGUUUCUUUAAAGGUGGAUGAGGCUAGAUGUAAAAUCUAACCAUGUUUAAAUGUGCUUGGAGCAAUUGCCAUUGUGCUAACUCUGCUGUGAGCUGUGCGGAUGGAAGGAACUGUCAGUUUCAGCUCUCUCAGCUUCUCAUUUUUCCAAUCUUGGUGUAUUGGCCUGGGAAUCUGAUUCAGAGGCUGAACCGGAGGAAUCCCAGCCUGCACAGGAGUCCCUGCCUCCAGGGCCGGCUGAGCCAGGGCAGGGGCUUGAAUCUGAAGGGCCCUCACCUGUGCUGGAUCCUCAGGAGCAGACACCAGCUGAAUCCGCUCUGGCUCCGGAGGUGAUCGAGGACCCAUCGCCUGCAGGUGCUCCUCUCCCAGCCCUGUCAGGGGAAGGUGAGGUUGCCUCUGGGUCCAGUAACCCUCCAGCCUCUCCUGAGCUGCAGAGGCUCAGGGCAGAGAGGCGGAGGGAACUAAGUUCCCGCAGGAGGAGUGCUUGCCUUAAGGCCAGGGGAGGCAAGUCACCUGUGGGCCGGGACCACCCCAGGCCUCAGAGGAGAUAAAGGCCAGUCAGCCCAGUCCCAGGUUGCGGGAGCAACAUCGUUGGAAACCUGUUCCUGCCAGCACCCUGACCUGCUCUUCUGGAGUUCCUGACCACGCCCGGCUCCUUGCCCUGGACCCUUCUUCGCCCUUGUCGGACAGCCUCCAGACUCUCGACCUAGGACCGGACUCAGACCACGCCGCACGGUAACCCACCCCCCGGGACCAGCACACUUAAAUUCAAUUCUCCGCACAGUUCUCCAGAGAGAGAGCCGAAAGGGUCUUCAGGUUUUAUCAUGACUGUACCUCUCUGUACUAUAUUUGCACUAGGUUGCUGUCAUGUCAGAGGCCAAGAACAGCGCCCUCUAUCUGCCCUUUAGCACAUUGUACCUCCACAAUUAAGGGACACGGGUGGCGCUGUGCGUUAAGCCACAGAGCUUGCCGAUCAGAAGGUCGGCGGUUCAAAUCCCUGCGACGGCGUGAGCUCCCGUUGCUCGGUCCCAGCUCCUGCCAACCUAGCAGUUCGAAAGCACGUC